AAUCAGUGUUCGACAACACACAACACAGAAACAUACUUCUCUCUCUCUCUCUCCUCUCCCCCUUCUCUCUCUAAAGCUUCUGUUUCUGCCAUGACCGGAGCAGSAGGGCAGCGGCUGAGAAGAUCCUGCGUUCUUCUCAUAGUGGUGUCGGGGAUGGAGAGGUUUGUGUUCAAAGGGGUGGCGUCGAAUUUGGUGACGUAUUUGACGGACGUGAUGAAGAUGAGGAACUCGUCGGCGGCGAAGACGGUGAAUAGUUGGUGUGGGUUCACCUCCAUGCUGCCGCUGCUAGUGGCGCCGCUCGCCGAUUCUUAUUGGGAUCGUUAUUCCACCAUUUUGGCUUCUGCGUCUCUCUACGUUCUGGGUCUAGUUGCUUUGACAUCAACAGCAUUGGCAAGAUCAUGGUCACCAACAAACAUGGCUUCCUCCUUCCUCUUCUGGUCCCUCUACCUCAUCUCCCUCGGCCAAGGCGGGUACAAUCCCUCUCUCCAAGCCUUCGGAGCCGAUCAGCUCGACCACGACGAUGUUCAAAAGCUCCCUACGUCCUCCAAUGAAAAACCGAACAAGAAAAGUGCAUUCUUUCAAUGGUGGUACUUUGGCGUUUGCAGCGGAAGCCUCCUUGGUGUCACCAUCAUGUCUUACAUUCAAGACACCUUCGGAUGGGUCCUCGGCUUUGCCAUCCCGAUGUUCGCCAUGGUUUCCUCUGUUGCUCUGUUCGCUUGUGGCACUAGAAUUUAUCGCUAUAACGUAGACGAUAAGGAAGAUGGAGUCGAGAAGAGACGGUUCGAGAAGGCGAUGAAGAUUGUAAAAGCAACAGUUUCGAGGCUCAUGUGUGGCAGAAAUGUUACCUUGUCCAACAACAAGUCCGAUGAUGUUGAGUUAGAGCUGCAAGAGAGCAAGCCACUCUGCAAAGAAAGCUCAGGAGCCAUGGAAGACACCCACAUUAUUAUUCCAGAAGAAAGAUUGUGUGUCCCCGACAAGGUGAAACUAGUCUUGGGACUGUUACCAAUUUGGACAAUGCUUCUAAUGUUCGCUGUAAUAUUCCAACAACCGGCAACCUUCUUCACCAAGCAAGGCAUGACAAUGGAGCGGAACAUCGGCCCCCACUUCAUGAUCCCGCCCGCCACCCUCCAGAGCGCUAUCACCGUCUCAAUAAUCCUCCUCAUGCCAUUAUAUGACACCGUUUUGAUCCCGAUCACCCGCCUCUUCACCCGCACCGAAAAGGGUAUCACCGUCAUGCAAAGGAUGGGCAUUGGGAUGUUUCUCUCUACCAUCGCCAUGAUCCUUGCCGCCCUCGUUGAAGCCAAGAGGUUGACGUUGGCGACGAAAACGUCAUCGUCUUCAUCAUCUGUGCCCCUCAGUAUCUUCUGGCUCCUACCUCAAUAUGUAAUAUUAGGAGUUUCAGACAUCUUCACAGUGGUGGGGAUGCAAGAGUUCUUCUACUCGGAGGUUCCGGUGAGCAUGAGAACAAUGGGGUUUGCACUAUACAACAGCGUGUUUGGCGUUGGGAGCUUUUGCAGCGCAAUAAUGAUAUCGAUCGUGGAGAUGUUGACAAGCUCGGGGGGGAAGCCGAGCUGGUUUUCCGACGACAUGAGUGAGGCUAGGUUGGACAAGUAUUAUUGGCUGUUGGCAUUAUGCAGUGGGUUGAGCUUUGUAUUGUAUGUGAUUUGGUGUAAAUGUUGCAGAAAAAAUAGGAUCAAUGAAGAAGAAACAUAGUGUUGAAUUUGAAUCAAGCUUUGUGGGUUUGAUGGGAUUUGUAAAUACUUCACCAUUUUGAACACAGAAAAAGGGAUGUUAACAAAACA